CACACAAUUCAAUAUCUCGAAAUUUAGUAAAAAAUCAAUUUUUUUUUUUUUUUUCAAAACACAAAGCCCGGUCCAGUAAAACCUAACGCCUAAUAAUGGGAGUUAUCAAGCAAUAUUUAGCCGGCCUUGCGGCAGCUUUCGGAGCCUUCUGUCUGGGCGCCUCGAUUGGAUGGUCGGGUCCGGUCGAAUUCGCCGUUCUUUCGGGCCAGGCGUACAAGAAGUUCACACCAACUUCCGAUGAAUGGGGUUGGGUCAGUUCACUGAUGACGCUGGGCGCCGCCUGUAUGUGUGUGCCUAGUGGGAUCCUAAUCAAGGCGAUUGGACGCAAAAUAACGAUGUUGUGUCUAGUGUUGCCUUACCUAGUUGGCUGGGCUCUGAUCAUAUUCGCCCAGAAGGUGAUUAUGCUUUUUGCGGGACGUUUCAUUGUGGGUGCAUGUGGUGGCGCAUUCUGCAUUACGGCACCCAUGUACACGACCGAGAUCGCCCAGGUGGAGAUCCGCGGUAUGAUGGGCUGCUUCUUUCAACUAUUGAUUGUGCAUGGUGUGCUCUACGGCUAUGUGGCUGGUGCCAUUUGCACCACAUUUGUGUUCAACAUAGCUUGCGGUGUUCUACCGUUACUGUUCUUUGUAUUCUUCGUAUGCAUGCCAGAGUCGCCAGUGUAUUUGGCACAGAAGGGCAAAACGGAAAAGGCGGAGAAGGCACUGAAAUGGUUGCGUGGCGGCGAUGCGGAUACCAGUGCCGAGUUGGGGGCGAUGGUCGCAUCCGGCAAUAAGGAGAAGGUUAACAUCGGCGAGUCCCUCUGCCGGAAGGCAACACUGAAGGGCCUCUUCGUAUCGAUGAUGCUGAUGUUGUUCCAACAGUUGACGGGCAUCAAUGCGAUCAUCUUCUACUCGACCGGCAUAUUUGUAUCGGCCGGCACUGGAAUGUCCGGUUCGACAUGCACAAUUGUGAUUGGUGUGGUGAUGGUGUUUGCCACCAUUCUGGCUGUGCUAAUUAUUGAGAAGGUCGGCCGGAAGAUCCUGUUAUUAGUAUCCGCAAUACUGAUGGCCAUUACCACUUGUAUAAUGGGCUGCUACUUUCAAUUUCUGCUGACAUCGAAUGUCGGCAUUUUACCUGUUAUAUCUAUUUGUAUCUUCAUAGUUGGUUUCUCCGUUGGAUUUGGGCCGGUGCCUUGGCUACUGAUGGCAGAGGUAUUCGCCGAGGAUAUCAAGCCGAUAGCUGGUUCGAUUGCCGGCACAAGCAAUUGGUUGUUCGCCUUCUGUGUGACCAAACUGUUCCCCAUUCUGGUAGAGCAUUUGGGUACUGGGCCAACAUUUUGGAUUUUCACCGUCAUCUCUGUGGCGGCUGUAAUCUUCAUUUUCAUCUUCGUACCGGAAACCAAAGGCAAAACCUUGGACGAAAUCCAGGCUGAGCUUGGCAAGUCCAAAAAGGAGGCCGCAUAAAUUGCCAUCAAACCAUCUUAGCUACGACUCUCAACCAACUUACCGGACAAUUCAUCUUCAACGACAACCAUCGAACCAACGAAAAGGAAAAUUUUAAAUCUGUGUGUUUAGUUUUUGGCAGUUCAAUUGUCCCGACAAACAAAUUAAAUGUUUCACCAUUGAAAUAAUCAUUAGCAAUAAAUGCAACAUAUAAAAAGUUCACAA